CGUGCAUGAUGCAUCAUCAGAGGCCGAAGAAGAUGGUGGCUUUUGAAGGUUCUUUGACUGGCAGGCGUUUCCUGGGUUGUCCUAUGCAGCAGGAUGAAGGUGUGAACUGUGGGGUUGUGGAGUGGGUGGAUGGUCCUUGGCCAGAGAUUCUACAAAGGUGCCUAACCAGGAUUUGGGACAUGUAUCAUGAGCAGAACUUGGGCAGGGUGAAUGACAAACAAGCCCAUGAGAAAGAGGUGGCCAAGCUACAGAAGGAAAUUGAUUUCCUGUCAAACAACUACAACCAGUUGGUGGAAGAUGUAUCCAACCUAUUUGACUACCAAGAUGGCAAGAUGUCUCAUGACAUGGACUAUACCAGUCAGGCAAUCAAUGAACUAGCUGAGAAGAAGAAACAACUUGAGGAUCAGGCAAAGAUUGAGUUAAGUAUGGAAAAGCUGAAGCUUGCCAAGGAGCAAAGGUGCAUUCUUCAAAGCCAAGCAGAGAUCAUUCAGAACAUGAGGAAGGCCAUGAAGGAAGUGGAGGGGGACAGGGACCUACUUAAGCAAGAGAAGAAGAAGUUAGAGUAUCUUAUUGCUGAUCUGCUCAAUGCUGGGCAUGACAGCAAAGCUAAGCUGGAGAGGAUCAAGGCAAUUAUGAAUGAGUGAAGUGGUUGGUUUGUGGGUUAAGUAAUUAGUAGGCCUAUAUAUAUAGCUGGCCUUGGAAUGUCAUGCAUGUUAGGUGUAUAUUUUGGGAAAGUUUCAUGUGCUUUCAGAAUGGUAUGAGGGAGGGAGGUAUUGCUAUGGUUUAAGAACUACUUGGUUUUAUCUAUGAUGUAAUGACUAUUAUGUUAAGACCUACUAUGCUAAGUACUCAUGCUAAGUUAA